AACAGUCUGUGAUAGAAGCUGAAAUGCUGCAGUCUAAGCAGGGACAUCAGGGACAACACUGACAUCAGGACAGAGGACUGCCCCCAAGACAAGCUGGCCAUGAAGCUGUUCAGCGUUCUCCUUCUGUGUUUAACCUUGCUGCACACCACUUUUUCUGAUGAUUAUUACGACUACGGACCGACAGAGUGUAAGACGUCCGAGUCUAUCGUUGGAGGCACGGUUGAAUACUCUGACGGGGGAAAUGAAUUCAGUGUCCUCACGUACAAGUGUCCCUCUGGGUUCGAGCCCUACCCUGUGACCACCAGAAGCUGUGCAGAUGGAGAAUGGUCCAGCAUGUCCUCAACCAGCGGCACCCCUGUGGACAGAGCUGAGUGCAAAAAGCUGGCACCAGACGAUGAGGAGGAUUCCAUGGAAGAGGAAAUGAACUGCUCCAUAUCGCAGACCAUCAGCAAAGGUCAGGUGUCCUACUCCAAAGGGGGCAUGAAGGGCAGCGUCCUGAUCUACACGUGCCCAGAGAACUACGCCCCUUACCCGGUCAGCCAGCGUGUGUGUGGGCGAGAUGGCGAAUGGACUCCUAUGAGGCAGCCCAGCGGGAGGCCUGUGUCCAGAGCUACGUGUAAAGAAAUACUGUGUCCUGCUCAGCUGCAGCUGGACAAUGGGGACAUAACGCCCCGACCGCAGUGGUUCAAGGUGGGAGAGAAUCAGACAUUCUCGUGUGACGGUGGCUACAGCUUGGCAGGGUCAGCUGUGCGCACAUGCACCGUAUGGGGAGGCUGGACGGGUGAAACCCCUAUAUGUGACGAUCAGGCGGAUGAUUGCACCAAUCCCGGUGUCCCACCUGGGGCUCAGCGGUCGGGCAGUCGUUUCCGGAUCGGGGACAAGGUGCAGUUCAGAUGUGACCUGAAACUCGAUCUGCUGGGCAGCGCCGAGAGAGUGUGUCUCGAGUCCAGAGAGUGGAGUGGGGCACCGGCCCGCUGCCAGGCUUGGUAUGGUUUUGAUUCUCCCAACACUGUGGCCCAGGCGAUGGGAGGAUCCCUAUCAUCUAUCAUGGACUAUUCUUCUCCUGAGUUUAAAAAGAAAGCCAAAAACUAUGGGAGGAUCUUGCAAGUAAAUAAGGGACACGGACGCCUCAAUGUAUUCAUUCUGAUUGACAACUCCGGCAGCAUCAGUCAGGAGCAUUUUGAAGAGGCAAGGAGUGCAGUUGCCAGCCUCAUCCGCAAGCUGGACAGUUAUGAAGUCACCCUAAAAUUCCACAUCGUCUCCUUCGCAUCCACAGCCAAAGUGAUCGCGGCCAUUACUAGUUUCGACAGUGACCAAGCAUCUCAAGUUCUGAGCAAACUUAUGGAUUUUAAAUAUGAAAGUCAUGGAAACAAAAAAGGAACCAACAUUCAGAGUGCUCUGAAGAGUGUUUAUGAACAAUUGUCAUUACUGAAGACCAGAAAAGUAGGAUUUAAUGAAACUGCAAACGUUAUUCUCAUUACAACUGAUGGUCAGUCAAACACAGGAGGCAGUCACAAGUCCGUACUACUUCAAAUUCGUGACCUGUUUGGUUAUACGUCACUCACAGAUCAUACAGAGGAAAGCCUCCUUGAUGUGUACGUGUUCGGUGUCGGACAAGAUGUGAACAAGAAGGAGCUCAAUGACCUUGCUUCCAAAAAGAGGGGGGAAGAACACGUGUUCCUUCUGCAGGACUACAAACAACUCGGAAAGGUCUUCAACAAAAUGAUCAGUGACAAGGCAGUGACUAUGUGUGGUGUGGCCAGGGAGGAAGAGGGGGGUGGAAAAAGCUCAUCAGAGACAAGGCCUUGGCAUGUCCAUGUCAGAUGGGAUGGGAAAGUGUGCCAGGGCUCUCUGCUGUCUCCAUUAUGGGUCCUUACAGCAGCACACUGUCUGACUAUACCCACUCUGAGUGGGGGCAAUAAGACUGCUGUUGCUAAAGAUGUGGAAGUUACAACUGGGACAAAUGCACUUUUGAAAGCAGCAGACUUCAUCAUACAUCCACACUACAAUGUUAGAGGGCUUCAGGCCAAGAAUGUGAAAGAGUUUUAUGACUAUGACAUAGCCUUAAUAAAAAUGGAGAAGAAUAUAUCAGCGUCGUACCAGACAAGGCCCAUCUGUUUACCCUGCACGGUGCCUUCAAGUCGAGCUCUUAAAAUGGUCAACUCCACCUGUGCCCAGCAUGAGAGCGCUCUAUUGGAUCUGAGCGAGACACAGGCCCACUUCAUGAGCAAGAAUAGUGAUGGGAUGAAACGGAUGCAGACCCACAUCCAGCUGGGUGAUGAGAGGCGUCCUGAGUGCCUUGAGAUGGUUAAGGGCACUUUCUCCCAGGACACAAAUGCCACUGUGACGGACGUCGUGACUGACAGGUUCAUGUGCACCGGAGGAUCAAAAGCACAUAAAGAUGAUGUGUCCUGUCAAGGUGAUUCUGGAGGUGCUUUGUUCCUUCGUAAGAGGAUGCGCUAUUUUCAGGUCGGAGUUCUCAGUUGGGGCACUAUUGACGUUUGUAAAACGGGAAAAAACCCUCCUAACGCUCGGGACUUCCACAUCAGCCUCUUCUCCUUGAUGCCCUGGCUUCGGAGACACCUCCACCGGGACCUGGCAUUCCUGCCCACUGAGAACUGACCCAGACACAGUCAAGGAUAAGGGCAAGGGCCAUGCUGGCACAAAGCAGACCACAGAGUGGAUCGCUUACCUGGCAUUCGGUCAUGUAAAGUGGGCUAUUCAAAACACAGCCUUGUCAGUAAUAAAACAUUACUUUUGUAGUACCAAUCUACAAAAAAAGAAUACUCUCUGUUAAAAGUUCCCUUCCUUCAGUAGUCAAAUAGUUUUCUUAUUUUUGUCUGUUGGCAACAAUAAAUUCAUAAUGAAUUAC